UCUACAAACAAAGUAGCUUCGCCCCUGUGCUUGCUAUAGGAUCCAAAUAACACCCUUGGAGCAGCUGACUUGACUUUGUGUCUGCUGCAGUAGGCGCUUGUAUAAAGUGUGUCCUUUACGAAGCCAGAGAGCACAUUGCUAUCUGGAGCACACAGGGCUUUAGGAGGUAGGUAGGAAGGGAGAUCAGUUCGUCGACCCAUCCCGGGGAUGGCUAACUGCACGGCACAAUAUGCUCCUCUCAGACCCAGCAGGCACCAAUUGCUACCUGGACAAGGAGAAUCAGACACACAUUGGAAUGUCUUUCUCCUAGAGUUGGAGGAGCACUCAAGUCGCACCUUGACGUCGCCACCAUACUGUCCAAGUACUUCGCAGUGGAGGCCGCGCAGUUUCUGCGGGGAGUGGAAGACGGGUAUGAAGCCUUGAGAAGCUUGCCUGAAUCAACAGAAACAGAAUUAUCCAUCCUCCGGAGGGGGGUGAAGCUGGCGAGGCAGCUCGAGGAGAUGGAGUGUGACAGGUGUUGGAAGGUGCUCGCGGAUUUCUGGUCAGAGAUGUUGCUCUACAUCGCGCCAUCGGAGAAUGUGAAGGAGCACAUCGAGGCACUGGCAAAUGGAGGGGAGUUCAUAACACACUGGUGGGCGUUGCUCACCCACGCUGGCAUUCUAGAUAGGAAUGUCCACAGUGCGUGACAUAGAAAAUCCAUCUACAAACUCAGGCCACAAAUCAACAGCCAAUGGGAAUAUCUGAGAAACCUUCACGUUAGAGAGAGAUGCAAGCAGCAAACCGCGGCUUCGGAGACGAGGAGAAGAGCAGGGUAGGGUAGGUGUGCUUGUGACAAGAGCUGAAGGCUGCAAUGCACAUGCUCUCUGCUGAAGCAGCAAACCGCGGCGAGGUAGCAGGGAUAUGGUGGCUUCAGUCGGCGGCGAUGGUUGGGUCGUCUGCAGGAGAUUACGACAUGGUCGAUCGUCUAAGGUAAGUACUCCCGUUCGUGUUGCAGGCAGUUCUGCGUCUUCGUCAGGGCUUCGGCCUUGGAUCGCUUCCAAACAGUGGAUCGUCGGGCUUUGCGUGGUCGGGGCCCCAGACUUGAUCGUGGUCGCGGCUCAUGGCGUGGCCGUGGUGGGCGCUUUGGUGGGCGCUCGUUUCUGGAAUCUGAUAGAAGAGUCAUCCGAGACAUGCCUGAAUCGAGCAGAGGGGUCGUGUCAUCCAAUGCUUUUGAUGAAGAUGCUAAAAAGAGAGCAGCAGACACAGUAGAUGACGGCGCCCUGGCUGAUGGCAAGGGCAAGAAACGCCGUGAGGAUCUCUGCUGUGAGAUUUGUGAGGGAGACCAUGUGCCGCUUGACUGUCAGGUAUACAAUGGUCCUAAACCCCAUGCCAUUCUUUGCGGUUUUGGGAGUGGUGAAUCUGGGUUCUUUCAAAUUCCCAACUUUGGUUCAAAGGGGUUGAUCCCGCUGAAAGAAAGUUCAACUGCUUUUAUCACUGCCAAGGAAGGCACCAUUACGGCAGAGUUAGUAAAGUCUGAGUUGGCUCGUCUCAUUCCGGUGAGAUGGACUUGGGCUGUCCAAAGUCAUGCGAAUGGUUUCGUUGUACCUUUUCCGUCCAAAGUCGAAUUACAACGGAUGGUGGCCAUGAAAUUUGUUCAUGCUGUAGAUGGUAAAAGCAUAAUGGUCAUUCAAGAACUUGAGCAGAAAAUAGAGCCCGUUCAACAUUUGGAAAAGGCUUGGGUCAAUAUCUACGGAGUGCCGUAUGAAAUUCGAUCUUUUCUUCCUCUUUGGGCGGUGGGCACCAUUAUAGGUGCUACCCAGAAAGUCGAUCUAAGAUAUACAAAACAGAUGGGUGUUGUUCGGCUCUUAGUUGGUGUAACAAACGUCGACAAGAUCCCAGAAUCGGUUGACAUAGUGGUCGGGGAAGGCUUGUAUGAAAUUUUCUUUAAAAUUGAUAAGGUUUGCAAAGAUGGAGUUUGGUCAGAAUAUUAUUACCCUUCUGAUAAGAAAGAUGAUGAUUUUGAAUCCAAGGAUGAGGAUUUUGAUGGGCUCGAUGAUAUCCAGCCUAAGUUUGAUGAUACCACCAGGGACACUGUGAUGAAAGAUGUGUCCGGUAGCAAAGUUGAUAAUUCUUCUAAUGUCCAACAUGCUACUCAGCAGAAUUGUGAUAUUCGUCAAACCGAUGCGCUAGAAAAAUGCUUAGUUGCUGUUAAUAGGUCUUCAGUUUUUAGGGAGAAUGUUGCAGCACCAACUGCUGUUGCGCAUGGGGUCGUUUAUGAUAAUAAGUGGACAGAGGCUGAAGGCACAAUUAUUCUGAACGCCAAGCAAACUGCACAAAAGAGAGGUGAAUUUUCUAGGACCGAUAUGCCACAGAUUUACCCAGUUGCUGCUCCUAGGGCUGCAGAGUCUAGAAAAAAUAAUGAUGUACCUUUUGAUGUAGUGAGCAGGACUGUUGGUAGAGAGGGGCAUGUAGAUGCCGAUGCAUUUAACCUGAACACCAUAUGCCAUGAAUCUGGGAAAAAGGCAGCUGCACCUUUUGUUGUAGUGUGCACAGCUGAUGCGAGUGAGGGGUCUGUUGAUGCCAAUUCAAUCUGCCUGAAUUCCUUUCCUGGUGUUCCUGCGAGUGCAGCAGCUGUUUAUCCAAUUUCAUUGGAAGACAUCAACACAGACCUCAACAGUGUGGCGAUUGAAUUUUCGCCAGCAACAAAUAUUCAUGCAGCUAUUCCAAAUGUAUCAGUUGAGCAGAUACAUGAGCAUGUCCGGGGAGCUGAGCACUCGGUGGCUCAGCUCACCUCUCCCGGUGGUGCAGAUGGGAGUGGGGCUCUUGUUGAAAAUUUCUCACUCCAAGACAUGGAGACUUUAAUAUCGUGCAUACAUGCAUGGACCAUGGUGGUGGUACCUUCAAUAUGAUAACUUCUUUGUCAGAGGCGCUCAAUCAGUUGGCCCAGUCAAAUGACCAAAUCUUGAUUUCUCUUCAAGAUUAUUUUAAAUCAAAAUCUCUUUCUCAAAGACCAAUGGCCCGAGAAGAUCUUACUCAGGUCUUGGGCAAGCGGGUGGUUUCUGAUGAGGACACUUUAAGCAAGGCUCAGCGUCUUGCGGCAAAGCGCAAUUUAGAAAUCAGUUCUUUUCAGGGCAACAUACUGGCUCAUAUUCUGGAGAUUGUUGCAGAAAGAACAACCUCAACACGAGAUCCUUGCGGUAUGUCAAUCCUUAGAGGUGGUGGCUAUGGAGAUCUUUGCAAGCCAUGGAUGGAGGUCCAAUGCUAGAUUAGAAGGAGCUUGAUUUGUUGAUGUUUUAUUUCAAAGAAUGUUUACGAUGGAUGAUUGUUUUUUUCGAUUUGUAAGGCCGUAUGUAAGAGAUUGCAAAAGGCUGGAACAUUUUGUUUCCAUAAUCAAAAAAAGUAAUGCUUGUGAUUA